AGAAGUUCUUGCCUAGAAAAUAACUAGAGAAAAGAAGCUUAUAUAAAUAUGCCCUUUUGGUUGCAUCAAGUGAUCAAAGAAAGCAUGUUCCCCACUAAGAUGAUCAUCAAAUCCGCAAUGAAGUUACAAAAGAUGGCUGCAUUAGAGAACAGAUCAUUCAGAAUAUCUAUGAGAGGGAUCGAUGCAUACAGGCUUAGUUCAUUGCAACUUGCUGAUAAAGGUCAUUUUGUUAUAUACACCAUGGAUAGGAGGCGUUUCUCCAUCCCCUUCUCAUAUCUCAACAACAACAUAGUUCUGGAGCUCUUCAAGAGAUCUGAAGAGGAGUUUGGACCAUCCAGUGAUGGACCUAUAAUGUUUCCUUGUGAUGCAGUGCUCAUUAAUUACAUAGUUUGCCUCAUCCAACAAGAUGUAGCUACAAAUCUCUAGCAAGUCUUGAUCAAGUUCAUUACUGACAGUGGCUGCUCAUCAUUUACUUGUUCAUAAGUUUGUUUAUACCUGUAACUCUAAGAAUUCUAUUCUAUAGAUUAAAAAUCAACCAAGAGAUUUUGGAAUUCACUGUAAACACCUUACAUAAACUAAUUUAAAGACAUCAUGUGUCUACUUUGAUGUAAAUUACUUUUUCCUUUCAGUUAUAAAGAAAUCGCUUCAAU